AUGGGAGAGAAGGCCGAUGAAAUUAGCCAUGACAUGAAUUGCCGUGAUACUUUCGGCUCUCAACCAAAUGAAGAUUUAACUCCGUCUGCAAAAGAGAAAGGAAACGAGGAGUACAAUAAUAAGGAAUAUGAAAAAGCUAUUGAAAAUUGGCUGAGAGCAUAUAGGUCAUGUUGCUACAUUUUGUCCAAAAAUGUUUAUUCUGAAAUGCCGGAAAAAGAUAGAGAAAUUAGGGUCAUGAAAAUGAAACUAGACUCUAAUCUUUCUCUUGCAUAUUUAAAACUCCAAGACUAUUCAAACACUUUACACUAUGCCAAUAAAGCUUUAGAGUAUGAACCAAAUAAUUUAAAAGCUUUACACCACAAAUCUCAGGCAUUGUUUGAAUUGAGCGAAUACAAACAAUGUAUUGAAUGCGCAGAUAUUGCCUUGAAAGUUGAACCCAACAAUAUUGUGUUCAAAAAAAUUAGGCAUAAUGCUCUACUUAAGCAGAAACGGUACAUUUCUAAAAGCAAAAAAAUUGUAAGUUGCAUUUUAUUUAUUUUGAAAAAAAUGACUUCUGAAAAGAGCGAAGCACUUUUCAAUAAUUCAAAAAACAAUAGGGAAUUUGAUGGGAGACCGAAAAAAUAUUUAAUUAGAACAUUAAUUGAAUAUUUUAAUUCAUUUUUUAAUACUAGAAUAGGGAGAUAUUUUAUUAACACCAUUUCGAAAAUAUGUCCAACAAGAGCAGUAAAUUAUCUUAAAAUAGGGAAUUUUUAA